CCUAACAUACUUCAGUUUGUUGUGUACACACAAACUAUUGACGAUUCACUUAAGUAGACCGAUCAAAAUUGAACAGAACCUGUGAUAUACGAGAAAUGCAUAUUAUUCAGCCUUUAUAAACAUAAAAGCUAUUGUGAUCAUAACCUAUCUUUGAAACACAAAAAGUUAGCUAUAUCCGGUUUAGGAGAUGCAGCAAAAUAAAAUAUAGUAACUAAUAUGCUCACAAACAAACCCCCAAACUCUUGAAUGUUGAAAUCAAAUUACCAGAAAAGAGCAGAAGAUGUAGCAGAGAAAAUCUCAUAAUUGGCACACCCUAUUGAAAGACCCAAGAGAGAACCGCAAUAACUCAAGCCCAACUACAACACGUUAAACCUGAAAACAGACAAAAAUAGAAACGCAAAGGCCCAAAAUAGUAAAACCCAAAAUGUUUGAACCGAACGGUUCAGUUUUCCAAUUUUGACCCUUACACAAUUGGUUUUGCCGCCACAAUAAGUAGUAGGCGCAAAAUCUCUCCCGGCAAAAAAAAAAAAAAAAAAAAAAAAAAAAAUCUCCCGCUCCUUUGUUUAACUUAUUCUUCUAGAAAAUCAUAUCUUCAAAUCUAUUCUAAGAUUCUCCACUCCAUUUUUCCCCUUUUCAUCAUCAUUCUCUCUUCUCGAAUCACUUCUAUAGUUCAGUCUAAAAUGGUGAGGACGACCAAAUCCAAGAGCGCGGAGCGUGUAGGCAAGGGUAAAGUGACUCCUAUGCAAGUCGCCUUCCUAGUGGAUCGAUACCUCUGCGACAACCGCUUCUUAGAGACCAGAUCCGUCUUCAGAUCCGAAGCCUCUUCUCUCAUCUCCAAAUCUCCUCUUCGCGAAGUUCCGUGCAGUUUGAUACCACUGGAUGAUAUCUUAAACGAAUACAUAAGCCUCAAGGAGCAGAAGGUCAUUGUUGAUCAAGAGAAAGCUAGACUCGAUCAAGAGAAGUCUCGCGUUCAGAAUCUGUUACAAGGGAUGCAAGAUGUCAUGAACGUUUACAACUCCACCGCAGCAUCAGCUCCUCCUCCUCCGGCGAUUACUACUGCAGCAGCUCAGACGGCUAUUCAAGUGGCUGCCUCUCCUUCUCAACCGAUCGUCUCUCCCUUAGGCGGCGCAGUGCAUAUCACACCUAAUCUUAUGUCAGCAUCAUUGCCAGGAAACAAGAGAGUUGGAAACUUCACAGCACCUUCCAGCCUGAGUCUUUCUGUAACCAGAAAGCGAAAGAGUCCUGAGGUUUCUCUAGGAGAUGCUCCUUCUGCUCCUAACAAAGGGAUGAAAAAGGUUCCACGAGCUUCUGCCAAGGCCACUAACUACUUGACGUUUCAACCGUCACCUAACACUCAAGCGCCAGUGAAUAAUUGUAACAGUGUAGCUAAUGACUCGUCUGAUCUUACAUCAACUGUGGCAAAGCGUUUGUGUUACGGACCAUCAGACAUGUCACCUCCAACCAAUUCAACUGGUCCGAAGACACCACAAAAGCAGUUAUCUCCUCAGCAAGAAGUCACUCCUCCUACAAACUGCACAAUCCUCACCAAGGAGAGAAUCACAGUCAGUCCUCACAAGCAGAUUGGUUCCUACACGGUGGAAAGGAGCCGUAUUGUUUCUUCCUUUUCGCCGGCUAAGUCGAGUAAGAGAGAUCAUGUGAAAGGAAGGCUCAACUUCGAUGAUGACGAUGAAGAAGCCACAAUGCACUCAGACGCACCUGCUUCUGGAGAUUUGGUUUCGUCUUCUUAUUCAUCAGGCUCUGGCUCUGAAGAAGCAGAAGUUGAUUUGUUUGAUAUUGAUUUUCUCAACGAAAACUUUCCAUUCUCGGAGGUACUAGGCGAUUUUGAUCUUGGUGCAGACUCUUGCCUGCCACAACCCUCAGACUUUCACAUGGAGACUGCUUCAGGGUCAUCUCCUGGAUCAGUGAAUGAGAAUCUAGUGCCUGACCAGGUCGUGUCUGAGUAUACUUCAACAGUAACAGAAAUGAUUCAAGAAAAAGACAUGAACACACAAGGAUCAGACUCCAUGACUACUGUAAAGUCCAUAACAAAAUGCCUACGAAUCUUAAGUCCUGCCAAGAGUGGCAGACCAAGAAGUCAAAACUGAUGGAUUCUGAGAAGCUUCAACAUUAACUUAAAAUGAUGCAAUCUUUCAUUACUUUGGUUGGCUCCUAACUAGGUCUAAAUUUAAAUAGAAUAUAAUUUCUAGAUGCUAUCUGUAUUAGUCCAACUAUAUCUUCAGAUUCUCACCGUUUUCAAUGGCUUUCAAUGUAAAGCAGAACCCUUUGAUGAUGUAUUAUGUCAUAUAUUAACUAAGUUACGCUUCUGUUA